AAUGCUGUAUUGUCUUAACCAACAGUAAGCUUCAUCUCUUCACCAAAAAUCAACCUUUAAAAAUGUACCUUCUCGCGGUGUUCUUGUUGUUGGUUGGCACAAAUAUCUGCCUGAUUGAGGGAAAUCUAGGCGGCGGCGGCGGAGAAGGAAACGAUUAUACAUAUGGGACGCAAGCAACAACGGAUACCCUUAUUGCUAGUGAGACUGUGUCGAAACCCAAAAGUCUCCUGCAAACAACGACGAAAACCUAUACGUUAACACAGGCGGGAACUGCAAAAACAAUAAGCUACAUUAAAAUCACGGAUCUUAAAAGAGCGCGAGGUGCCACCGCCGAAAUCACAUCUGGAGGAGUGGGUGCUACGACAGUCACGAUCAAAUUUACUUCGGCUCGGGGAGCUGGUAUUAAGUCCCAAGUAGUGAUAUAUGGCGCUUAAAAUAUUUUAAAAUCCGUGUU